CAAUUUACUAAAAUAUACCGAAAAUAAUGACCGCAACCGUGUAUUAUUUUCAGCAAAAUCCCACAUUGGAUUGGAGGAAUCGACUUCCAGGCGAGAAUGAACAAACAAACGAAGAGUCGCAACCGCCAGACACUCCAAUGACAUCGGCAGAGGAUGCAACAAAGCAAGAAUUAAACACUGGUCAAAUGUCAGUAACGCCACAAACAAAUUCAAGCCAUACAAGGAGCAAACCCCAAGCUUGCAAAGUGUGCGGGAAAAUGCUCUCGUCAGCCAGCAGUUAUUAUGUGCAUAUGAAAUUGCAUUCGGGAACAAAGCCAUUUUCAUGCACGGUUUGCGAUGCUGCAUUCUGUCGAAAACCGUAUCUUGAAGUUCAUAUGCGAACACACACUGGAGAAAGGCCUUUCCAGUGUGAUCUCUGUAUGAAAAGAUUUAGUCAAAAAUCAUCCCUAAAUACUCACAAACGGAUUCAUACAGGUCAGUGGUCAUCAUAUUAAUAUAAGAUAUGAUAUUAUAUGAUAUUUAAAAAUAAUAAUAUGCGUUUACAAGAAGAAAAAAGUAUUUUUUAUUUGGUUCACAGUCAUAUGUAAGUAUGUAAGUUCGUUAGGCUAUACCUAGGGUUGAUCAGAAGAAAAGAAUGGGAAAAAUGAAAAUUAAUUAAUAAGUUAUGGAACUGAAUGGAAAAUGAAAUUAAAAAAAGAAAGUAUAUAGUUUUGGCGCAUAAUCAAUGACCACAACAACAUUCCUUUAAUUUGAUAUUUGAUAUUUGGUAGUAGCAGUAGUGUUGAGAUCGUUGAUCACGGUGGAAGAGAAAAAAUUAAUAUGCUUACUAUUUCUAGUAUUUGUACGCUCGUCCGGUACCACGUCUUGAACAAUGAGAUUCAAUUGUUCAUUUUAAUUAUAUUGUUGAUUUUAAUUAUAAUAAUUGAGCUGAAUGAAUUUGGCAUCGGCAGAUAAAUCAACAAGUACAAUCCUUUUUCAAUCAUAUCCCGUGCAGCAUUUCUUUUUCUUUCAUUUUGGUUGUGGAUUUGGAUUUGCUUCUGGAA